AUGGAGAACCCACUGAACGGUCGCUCCGAGAAUUCAUAUCAAAUGUCGAAAAACAAGUCAUAUCAAUCGUCAAAUUCUGCUGAAUAUUCACCACCAAGUCACUUGAAUUCGAAAUCUUCCGGCAGUCCCGAGGAUCUACCGCCCAGCCGACCCGUUGCCAUCUAUGGAGUGGACAGUGGAGAGAGUGAAAAAGCGUUUUCCGUAUGUUUCAAAAAUAUCUUGGGCGUUUCAAAGCGUUUAGGUUUAUUUUUCGAACUAUUUGAACCCUCUACAUGCGCUGUUUUUUGACUUUUUGUUUCACAAAAACUUGUGAACAUUUAUCAACGCAAUUUCCGUUACAAUUUAUCCAUUAGUUUUUGUGUGAGGGAAAUCGCGUUUUAGAGCCCAAAUUUUCAUUGUAAAAUAAUUAAAAAUGAAUGUCGCAGAGUCAAAAAUAAUUUUGGUCGUGAUUAAAAUUCUAGGCAUUCCGCACAGUGCAAUAACUUCCGAUAUUUUUCCAAAAAAAAAAUUGCACAGUGCGAUCAGAAAAUAUGUCGCAAAAGGCGAUUGCACAGUGCAAAUUUUUUUUCGUUUCACCUCUGCACAGUGCAAUAAAUUUUCCUUCCACUUUUUCCUUCCGCACUGUGCAAUUCAUUUUUUUUUCAAGUUAUUUUUGCACAGUGCAGAAAAUAAAACAAGUUCCGCACUGUGCAUUAAAAAUUUUUUGCACCGUGCAACCCAGAAAUUUGUCGCAAAAAUACUGUUGCACGGUGCAGUUGUUUUUUUGUUUCGCAUUGCACGGUGCAGAGGGCAAAAAGCUUCUGCACUGUGCGGUCAAAAGGCGCUUUGCACCGUGCAACACAGAAAUUUGUCGCAAAACUGUUGCACAGUGCAUUAAUUUUUUUGGUCCAGAUUGCAUAGUGAAAAACUGCUGCACCGUGCAACCCAGAAAUUUGUCGCAAAAAACUGUUGCUAGGUGCGUUGAUUUUUUUGUUUCACAUUGCACGGUGCAAAAGUCAAAAAGCCUCUGCACUGUGCGUUAAAAAUUGUCUGCACCGUGCAACCCAGAAAUUUGUCGCAAAACUGUUGCACAGUGCAUUGACUUUUUUGGAUUUUCCUUGCACAGUGCAUUAAUUUUUGAGUUUCACGUUGCACAAUGCAAAAAAUGUCAGAAAACUUCUGCACUGUGCGGUCAAAAGGCGCUUUGCACCGUGCAACACAGAAAUUUGUCGCAAAACUGUUGCACGGUGCAUCGAUCUUUUCCUUGCACGGUGCAUUUAUUUUUUGUUCGCCAUUGCACGGUGCAGCAAUCAAAAAGUCUGUGCACGGUGCGAUUAAAAAACUGUUUGCACCGUGCAACCCAGAAAUUUGUCGCAAAACUGUUGCACGGUGCAUUGACUUUUUUGGAUUUUCCUUGCACAGUGCAUUAAUUUUUGAGUUUCACGUUGCACAGUGCAAAGGUCAGAAAACUUCUGCACGGUGCGGUUAAAAAGCUCUUUGCACCGUGCAACCCAGAAAUUUGUCUGUCGCAAAACCUUUGCACGGUGCAUUGACUUUUUUGUUUCACCUUGCACGGUGCAGCAAUCAAAAAGUCUCUGCACGGUGCGAUUAAAAAACUGUUUGCACCGUGCGACCCCGAAAUUUGUCUGUCGCAAAACCUUUGCACGGUGCGUUGAUUUUUUCCUUGCACAGUGCAUAAAUUUUUGAGUUUCACGUUGCACAGUGCAAAGGUCAUUAAACUUUUGCACUGUGCGGUCAAAAACCUCUUUGCACCGUGCACUCUUUUGAAUGUUUCAGCUAGCAAUAAGCAUUUUUUUGGAAUUUUAAUCCAAUUUUUUUCAGUUCGAAUCGACGAAAGAGCAGGACUGCGAAGAGGACGUGGAGUCCCAGAAAUCCCCAUUCCUUCUGAUGCCGCCGAUUCGAAGCCGAACUUCUUCCGCCAAUUCCCAGCAAUUUUUGUAAGCAAACCUUAAACGUCUGACCAAAAUUUUCGUGUUUUGAAAAACCCCGUUUCGUGUUUUCGGUCACGCAAAAUGCGUGUAACUAAAGGAUUUUGACUGUUUUACCUCAAAUUUUUGGUGGUUUUGGGGGAAUUUCUCAAUUUUGGCUGUUUAUAAUUCGAAAUCGAGGGACAUGAGGUAUUUAUAAGGGCAUUUUGAAUCGCAUUUUAGGUUUUAUAAAGGCUUUUCGGAGAGAUUUUAUGAUUUUUUUUUGAAAAAUCAGCAAAUUUUUAAAUAUUUUCUCUGAAAAUAAGUUUCAAUUAUGUCAUAUUUUGGGCAAAACUGAGAUUUUCAAGUCAUUAAUCGUAUUUCUUUUGAUCAGAAAACAAAAAAUUCUACCUUUUUUACCUUAUUCUAGCGAUAAAACUCCGAUUUUUUAGCUAAUCCUCUCCUCAAACUCUCCGAAACGCUCCUUUUAUGCCCUGAGGGCAUAAAGAAGCAAUGAGUAAAUCCAUUACCCGGCAAUUUUAACAUAUAGAUACAUCGGAUUACCUUUGGGCGAAAACGAUUAUCCAUUUUACGUCGACAUGGCGUACUGUACAUUUAAUGGGGCUUUGUGUUACACAUGGGGGUGUGAAUAAGCCAAUUUGAUCUUCGAAAUGGUCGAAGAUUUACGUGGGAUAAAAAUAUCGCACAGUGCGAGAACAAAGGAGACUGCACUGUGCGGCGGAGAAAACAUGAUUUCGCACUGUGCGAAAAACAGAGAAGAAAUGAUUUCGCACAGUGCAAUCGCAUCAUUUGUCGCGGCUGCAUUUUUUUUGUGUCUGCACUGUGCAAUCAAUUUUUUAAUUUCCGCACAGUGCGAGGAAUGAGAAACCAAAUUUCGCACGGUGCAGAACCCUCUUUCCGACCGCACAGUGCAAAAAUUACCUGCUCUGCACAGUGCACCGCUAAAAAUCGUUUUCCCAAAUUUCCGCACGGUGCAAAGAAUGAGAAACCAAGCUUUCGCACAGUGCAGUGCCCUCAGUCCAACUGCACAGUGCAAAAAAUUUAUCUGCACAGUGCACUGGCCCAAAUUUCCGCACUUUGCAAUCGCAUUGUUUGUCGCGAAUUCGUUUGAAUUUCUUUUGUGUCUGCACUGUGCAGUCGAUUUUUUAAUUUCCGCACGGUGCAAAUAAUGAGAAACCAAGUUUUCGCACAGUGCAGUAACCUCAUUUCGACUGCACAGUGCAAAAAAAAAUUUUCUGCUCUGCACAGUGCACCGACUAAAAAAGUUUUCCCAAAUUUCCGCACAGUGCAAUAAAAACAUAUUUUAAUUAGUCACGUUACAACGCGCGAAAAACUGUAAACUUCUACAGUAUUGCAGACGAAACGGUGUUGACCAAAAAGUAAUGACUAUUUCUGGGCAUUGUAUUUGGCGUGACGUCAAAUGAAGAGUAAUUUUGAAGAAGAGCUCAACAACAAAUGUUAAUUAUGGCAUCGCACGGCGCAAUGAGUAUUUUCGAAAAGGAGAUUGAGAAAGGAUUUGGAGAGACAAACGUCGAAAAUAUCAAAAAUAUAAUAUUAUGCUAGGGUGAAAACAGACAGUACAAUAUAGCAACCAAAAUCCGAAAAUUUGCAAAAAAUUGCAAAAAAUUAUCUUUAGGCUUCUUAUUGGAACGGAAUUCUAUCGUAUUUGCGAAAAUUUUGGGAUUUCCCCUGAAUUUCAGGGCUUUCGUGGUGGGACCCAAAAAAUGAAAUACAAAAGUUUUUAAGAGUAGAAACCUUUUCUCAAAGGCAAAAAUGAUUAGUUUUCCCAUAAAAUCAUCAUUUUUACGAUAAUUUUGGAAUUUCCCCUGAAUUUCAGGGUUUUCGUGGUGGGACCCAAAAAAUGAAAUACCACGUAUUCAUCAGUAGAAAACAAUUUUUAUUAACAUCCAAGGAAAAAUUGUCAUGUUUUCCUUAAAAUCAUCAUUUUUACGAUAAUUUUGGACUUUCCCUGAAUUUCAGGGUUUUCGUGGUGGUACCCAAAAAAUAAUCUGCAAAAAUUUUAGAACACCAUAAAACGUGCUAUUUAACGCUCUACGUUUAUAAUCAGUCACCCUUGUGUUUCUUUACCCCUUAUUAAUUACUUUUUUUUAAAAUACCAAUUUAAACUUCCCGCCAAAUUUCUCGUUUUUCAUAUUUUUUAUUACUUCAGCAGUACGGACGGCUCGUUUGAAAAUCUCAGUUCCCCAACUUCAUUCUCAAGUCGUGAAGUGCUCUCAGCGACCUCGCAACACAACCCCGCAAUUGGGACCAUCAUGAAUAUCGGCGAGCGGAUUCGAUCUUUUGUCAAUCGGCGAGACAGUAAUCCCAGUACGCUGACGAUGCGAAGAGCAUCGAUCAAUUCGCCGAGCUUCACGAAUAUUGCUGAACCUGUGAGUUUUGGGGGAACUAUUUAGAUAAAACGACAACAUUUUAUCACUUUGACGGGUUUUCUGCAACGUUACCUGAUUAGCAGGGCUUUCGUGGUGGGACCCAAAAAAAUUAAAUAGCAACGUAUUCAUCAGUAGAAAAUAUUUUUAUUUACUUCAUACCCAUUUUUUCCUCUAAAAUCAGCGUUUUUACGGCCAAUCCUACAAAGGUAUUGGAGAAUUUUGCUUGGGGUACCCUAUCCAAAAAUCAAAUUUUUUCUGUUUUCCAAAUCAAAAAAAAAACACAUUUUCUUUGCUCAUUCAAGUUGUCAAACAAAACAAUUUUACUGCCGCAGUCGUAUUUUACCCCUCUUUUUCAGUCCGAUUCCCCCUCCCUCCAGCUGUUCACCGAAGUCUACGAUGGGACGCAGCCCAGUAAUUUCGAGCGUUCUCGCCGCUCUCUACAGUCGGGUCAAGUUCCUCCAGCGGGCGUGAAGAGUGAGGAUCGACCGCCCACCGGCCUUCCCAACCCUCGAGGGCCGUUUCGGUUGCGUUCGAGUUCCGAAGUCAAAGCCAAGAAACGCCAAAAUGUUUAUGAGGAAAAACCCGUCGAGAAAUUUGCAUAA